AUGGGCAACAGAAUAAACAAGGGUUGUGGUAAAUGUGAUUCUACGACAUGCAAAGACUGUAUAGGAAAUUUGUGCAAUGGCGGAGAUAAAUUUACAUAUUAUUGUUUGGACAAAGAUGGAAGAAGUUUAAAAGAAUGUGAAAAACCAGAAUGUUUUAUUUCUAAAGGUACAAAUAAUUAUUUUAACGGGUCUUGCGAAGGAUAUUUCUAUUAA